AUGCUGAUGCUGAUGCUGAUGCUGAUGCUGAUGCUGAUGCUGAUGCUGAUGCUGAUGCUGAUGCUGAUGCUGAUGCUGAUGCUGAUGCUGAUGCUGAUGCUGAUGCUGAUGCUGAUGCUGAUGCUGAUGCUGAUGCUGAUGCUGAUGCUGAUGCUGAUGCUGAUGCUGAUGCUGAUGCUGAUGCUGAUGCUCUACUCGCUCGAUAUCAUCCGCACCCCACCCCCGAUGAAGCAGGGGCUGCAAGAGUUUCUUUCAUCGGCUCCUCAAAUCAAGGCUAUCUUUAUUGGAACACGGACAACCGAUCCAUUUUCGGCCGACAUCAUGCCAAUCCAGCCCACGGACGAUGACUGGCCCAGGGUUAUGAGGGCACAUCCGAUCCUGAACUGGGAAUACGGCGAUAUCUGGGAUUUUUUGAAAAUCGCCAACGUUCCGUACUGCUCGCUGUAUGAUCAAGGAUAUACCUCCCUUGGUGGCACCACUGACACCAUCCCAAACCCCUGCCUUGCCAACCCGCUCCGGAGCUCCGGUUACGACGAGGCAUUCCGACUCAAGGACUACUCCAAGGAGCGCGAUGGGCGGGUCAAGCGAAAGACAUAAUAGAUUGCGGCGACAUUCAUCCCGCCUUUCCCACGUGCAUUUUAUGGACAACUGAACUAUGCCCGCCGCUGGGGCAGACGCUGAUUGCCACAACUGAAAUCGAGCCUAAGAGCGGAAUUGCGCAUGGGAUGCCGGACUAUGUAUGAUACGAUGAAUGGGACGAUCGGCCCUUGCGUGUUGAUUUGAUUUGAUUUGGUUUGGUUUGGUUUGAACUGAUCUGAAUGCUGCCUGGUACGGUUUGCCUCGCUUGCGAUGCACGAGCUGGGUGGAAUUGAAAUGCAUCGCGGAAGGCCGCGACACGCAGGAAUCCAAGUGGAUACACAGGCGACGGCCUUAUUGGAUGUAUGCAUCCGAUGGGAUGUUGCUCUGGUGGAGAUGAAGACAAGGAUGAGGAUAGAUGGCGCCAGCAACAAGAAGAGAAAGAGGUGCG